ACUUAUCUCUACCUGAGAUCUUAUGUUUUGUUUUUUCAGAUUAUAUCUCGAUUCUUAUUAUUCAUCUCCUGGUUGUGAAGUUUCCGCUCUGUCUCCUACACUUUAUGACACAAUUUCAAAUCCUUCAGCGCCAGAUAAUGCAAUUCGGGCUUUUCAUUUGCUUAGCACAAGUCCUAAAGUUCAGGCUGCUGUGGCUUCACUUGCUUGUGAUCCAGAUGUAUGGAAUGCAGUCAUGAAAAAUCCUGAUUUCAGGCUCUUGCUAGCAAAACUGAAAGCGGAAACUGAAGAAGUGGAAAAGUUAUCAAGUUGUGCUUCUGAAGUAGUUGAAACACCUGAAAAAAUGGAAGCAUCAUCCAAGUCUCACUCGCGAAACGUGUUCUCCAAUAUCAAUAUCAGUGGUCGUCUGCGGAAUUUAAAGGAUAGAGUCUAG